AGCAAAACUGCCCCCUUGCAACAACAUGCUUAAUUACAAAGCAAAACUGCCCCCUUGCAACAACAUGCUUAAUUACAAAGCAACACUGCCCCCUUGCAACAACAUGCUUAAUUACAAAGCAACACUGCCCCCUUGCAACAACAUGCUUAAUUACAAAACAGAACUCCCCCCUUGGGUGGCAGGGGGGAGUUCAGGACAGGAUUGAGAUGCACGGAGAAGUCCUCGGGUGUUUGUUAGCGUCGUGUCUGAUUGUAGCUGGUGCCAUCGCCUUUGGUGCCAUCUUUCAGAGAAAGGAAACGUUUGAGAAUUGGUACAAGACUGGCCUCUGGAGAAUGGAGGCGGUAAUGCACUUAGCAUGCAUUUACUCUGGUUGCUGUUUUAAAGACCUGAAGCGGUUGAUCUAAACCAGGGGCUUCCAAAGCUUUGGUCAAGGAGAGCCACUUAGCAAGCGGGGAAUUGUGUAUUGAACCGUAUAAUAACAUUCACCUAUAAUUAAAACGCCAAUAUAUACACAAAAAUAUAACAAACCUUUAUAUAGAGACCCAAGAUGACUCGGCUGCCUUUUCUGUUUUGGUUUCUGAAACAUGAUUUUUUUUUUUUUUUUUUAGAUUUGAUUUCAUCAUGUUUGUAUUUAUACUUUAUUGACUGGUUUCACAAUCCCAGAUUAACAUUAAUACUGGUUUACCUUCCCUUUUUUUUUAAUGCAUACAUAUGUUUUCAAAUUCAAGAUAAAAUUCUGCUCAGGUAACUGGGUGUACAUACGAUUUCACAGCACUUUUAAUCACAUUUAAAGUUAGAUGUUUUGAUAUAUUUGCAUGCACUGUGUAAAGGCCGACUUCAACACACUGAGUCCAUUUGAUUUACAAAUAUUUCUAAGUUUUCCAAUCAUUUUAUAUAUAUAUAUAUAUAUAUAUAUAUAUAUAUAUAUAUAUAUAUAUAUAUAUAUAUAUAUAUAUAUAUGAUUGAUUGUUUUUGUUUGCAUGGCACAGCAGCAGUUCUAUAUCUUGCUGUUUUGCAAUUUCAGAGCCAUUGUCAGGGUUUGCUGUUGUUUUUCUAUUAGCCAACAGUGACUUUAUUUAAGAGAAAAUAAAGAAAUACAUCGUUUUCUAAUAGCGAAGCUAUUAAUCUCGAAGCUUAAUUAUUAUUACCAUACUUAACAGACGCCUUUAUUAUCCAGGGUGACUCAGUGACUACAAAGACUAGGCUGUGUGAAUCAUGUAGUGAAUCAUGAAGUGCCGUAGCAAGAACGCAGCCCUUUCCUGAAGGAAAAAUCGCAUCGGAGAGACUACCCGACUUCUUGAGACAGUUUUGUGUUUUAUAACAGGGUCGUUUUUUUUUUUGCUCAGUUGUAUUUUCUUUUAAUUUUCGUACGGUACUUCAUUGACGUUAGGUUUUAAACUACUGAUUGCAGACACUGAAAACGACUGCUAGUGGAAACGUUUAAUAGUUCAUUUUUUUGUAGACUCUCAUGUUACAAGAUAAAAAGGAACAGUCUUUCCAAAAUCGCUUUUAAGAACAAAGACGACAAAAAAAACAAAAAAAAACAGGCGGUGACAGUUUUCCAGCUUUUGUCUCUGGCGGUUUCGGUAAGCAGAGUAUCACUGUACAUUUCAUACGGCAUGGCUUUGAUUCUCACUUGUAUUCUUUUCUUGAGCGCCUUCACGACAGAUGCCUUUGAGGUCAUGGCCCCCAGAAAGCAAAACAUAGCUGUCUAUGGCGAGCCUGCGUUUCUGGAAUGCAGUUACCCCACGAGUGGCGAUUCCCCUCUGAAUCAGCUGGUAGUAACAUGGCAGCGUGAGGACAAUGAGGUGGUGCACAGCUUCUACUACGGGUCGGAUCAACCAGACAGUCAGAGCCAGCGCUACAGAAACAGGACCAGCCUUUACCUGUCCCAGUUGCUGAAGGGAAACGCAUCGCUGCGUCUCGACCGGGUCGGGCCCCAGGACACAGGGGAGUAUCUGUGUACUGUCAGCAACCUGGAAGGAACCGGGAAAGAUGUCUUGCAUUUACAAUUUGCAGCUUACUACAAGGAGCCCCGUGUCAGCAUCAAGACGCACGCUGGGAGCACCUCUCUCCUGUAUGAGACCGAGGGCUAUCCUGAAGCACAGGUCCAGUGGCUCACCCCGCAGGGCAGGGACCUCCCGCACCGCACUGAAGCCCUCCAGCAGACCAACGGGAGCGGGCUGUACACUCUCAAGAGCCUCCUUGUGGUGGAUCUAAAUUCAGACACCGACUUCGCUUUCAUACUGCAGAACAACGUGCUGAAUCAGACAAUCACCAGAUUCGUCAGCUUCAGUCAAGACGGCUACGGCGAUUCAGAAAAUAAUUGUGAUUCUCUCUGGAAAAGAUUGACUAUCGUUCUCACCGUGAUUACUGCUUUACUUCUUUCAGUGGCUGGUUUGAUUUGCUACCUGAGAAGAAAAAAAUCGGACAUUGGGGGGGGGGGACGGACGGACGGACGGACUUUAUAGCUAAAUGAACUGCUUCAGUAUCCUGACUCGAUUGUCACUCUUUGCAGCAGAUUUCUCUCAAGGAUUAUUAUUUUUUAUAUAUUUGUUUUUUAAACAAAAGUAGCAUUUUUAUUUUUCAAUAAUUUCAGUACUUAAAUGUCGACUAACUUUGUUUAUUCCAUGCACUAAUGUAUAUAUACAUUUCUAUACGUUUUUAAAUACACUCUUAUGAUUAAUAAUAUGUUAUUUAAACGCACACAAAUAUACUGUUCUUGUAUACGGGCAUAUCAACACAGUAGAAAAAUUCAUCGGAAUUGUGAGUGGCUGGCCCUGCAGUCCAGAUCUACAAAGAGCGUAUUUAUAUAUCAGCAAGACUGAAACCCAGAAAGAAUUCGGAAACUCAAGUGAAUGUUUCCCAGCCUGGAUCCUGAAACUGCUGUGUUUUAGAAUUCCAAAGACUACUUAUUCCUUAAAGGGGUACUGUGUACCCACAGCUUUAACAGCAUGGUCGCAUUGCCAAUCCUGGACCAGUUUACAGAGUGAUAUUAGGCACUUCAAGAUUAGUGUUAACGGGGGGCUAUGAAACCAGCCGUUACGCAGCUAGGAAAAACUAGUCAAACUGGACCUUAAACAAAGCCUCUGCUACAUUGGGACUUUGUUAACAAACUACAUAGUACAUGAACAGAUGCAUUAGGGCAGGACGCCAGGGGAAAAAAAUCCCCAAAUAACCAUUUGCUGUACUUUCUUUCUAAACAGGAUAUCCGGUACAGCGCACAAUCAAGACUUUGUUUGCAAGCCUUGCUUACUGGUAGUCCAGCACUUCCAUGGUCAUUGUAUUGAUAUUGUUAUUGUACUGUAUGGUCUACUUAGAUCUCUCUUUGUAUUAGUGCUGCAUUACUGUACCAGUGCUGGCUCUGUGGCCACAUACUGAACAAACUAACUAAACACUGAGAAUGUGGUUUUCUAUUUUUAGAAUGGGACAAAUCCAGCACCAUCGGUGCGUGCACGCCACUCCUGCACUAAUGCUCCUUAUUCAACAGAUGCUGGAACGAGAAGCUUUCUUUUUAGAGGCCCACCCUUUCAAACUGCCCAUUAAACUUUCGACAGUGCGUUAGUCUUUUUUUUUUUGUCAUGCAAAUACCAAUAUUUUAGCAUAGUGAGCAGAUGACUGGGUGACAUACAUAUAACAUGUAACAGGUUAUUAAUAUUAGUCAUUUAGCAGACGCUUUUCUCACAGGGACUAGGGGGUGAACUAUGCAUCAACAACUGAAGCUGCAGAGUCACUUACAAUAGGGCCUCGGUUUUAAAUGUCAUCCGACGGACAGAGAAACCCCAGCAGGUUUGAUUUAUCCUUCAUGGGAAGUAAAAAAAAAAAAACACACAUGAGCCAUUGUAAGGUUAUGAAAGGGCUCAUUGUUGUGAACCUGUUUUGACUGGAAUGAAUUGAGGGAAUGAAUCUGCAAAUAGCAUUCUUAAGAGCUUUUAUUCUGGGGAGGAGUGCGUGAAUCUUUGAAACAGAUUUUUUGCUCUGUUCUGAAACUAAAAACUGAAAAACACAGAAACGGCAUGUUAAAAAAACAAAGGUCACAGCCAUCUUUUAAACAAGCUGCACUCACAUCUACUUGACCUGUCUAAGCUUUCUUUCUGCAGAAUUGCAAUAAAAAAUGUACCAUCAGUUAGUGUUUGUGACAGAUACAUAUGUUUCUACAGAACUAACAGCCGUUUCAGAAUGCGAUUCCUGCACACCCAUCAGCACUUUGAAACAGCUGCCAUUGAGAAUUUUUACCUGCGAGGCAAGCCGAUAUCUGAAAAGGAUAAUUAAAUAAGAAUUAAAUAAUUAAAUAAUGCAAGCUUUAUACUGUAUGCUUUACUGUAUAAUCUUGGCUAAAUACAAUUUAUAAAAAGAUAAAAAUUGCACACCAGAAAAAAUACAACACACACACACACAUCAUUCCCAGUACAUCAAGCAAACAAAAUAAUACAUGUAAAUCUGAGCUAAUUUGCAUUGCCAUCACUUUGUCAGUCUCACAUUUUUCUGUAUGAAAGACACGCUUGGUAUACAUGCAUU